CUUCAAAACCGAGCACAGAUUUACGUAGGAGAGGAAGAAAAUGUGCAGGCCACCAUCUCCUCCUUCUGCUUCCUCCUCUUACCUUCUCUUUCCAGACGAAAAUCGUCAUCUCCCCAUCAAAGCCACGUCCUCCCUCUCCGACCACGAUGACUCUCAUACUCUCCACAAGUGGCCUGCUUUCUCUGAGGUGGUGGAGGAGAUGGCGUCCAUCAGCAAGAUCUCGGGACCGACCUUACUGACGGGACUGCUGCUCUACUCCAGAGCGAUGAUAUCCACGAUCUUCCUGGGCUACCUGGGUGAGCUCGAACUUGCCGGUGGCUCGCUAGCAAUCGGCUUUGCAAACAUAACGGGUUAUUCCGUCAUAUCUGGUCUGGCGAUGGGGAUGGAGCCCUUCUGCGGCCAGGCCUACGGCGCCCAGCAAUGGAAGCUUCUGGGCCUCGUUCUGCAGCGCACCGUGCUCGUUCUCCUCUCCGCCUCGCUGCCAAUCUCCGCUCUGUGGGUCAACAUUCACCGCGUCCUUCUCUGGUGCGGCCAGGACGAACGCAUCUCCUCCACAGCUUCCACCUUCGUUUUGUUUUCUCUUCCCGACCUCGUCUCCUUCUCUUUGCUCCACCCUCUGCGCAUCUAUCUGCGCGCGCAGAAUAUUACCUUCCCUGUGACGCUCUGCUCCGCCAUUGCCAUCGUCCUCCACCUCCCAGCUAACCUGCUUCUGGUUGUCUAUCUCAAGAUGGGCGUCGCCGGCGUGGCUCUCGCCUCCGCCUGGACGAACAUCAACAUGGUGGUGUUGCUCGUGGCGUAUCUCUGCCUCUCCGGCGUGUACCGCCGCUCGUGGGUGGCGCCCGGCCGGGACUGCCUCCGCGGGUGGGGUGGGCUGCUCCGGUUGGCGGUGCCGACUUGCGUGUCAGUCUGCCUCGAGUGGUGGUGGUACGAAAUCAUGGUGGUGCUCUGCGGGCUGCUGGCGGACCCAAAGGCGACGGUGGCGUCGAUGGGGGUGCUCAUCCAGACGACCUCGCUCGUGUACGUCUUCCCAUCGGCGCUCAGCCUCGGCGUCUCGACUCGGGUAGGGAACGAGCUCGGAGCGAACCGGCCGGGGAGGGCUCGGCUCGCCGGGUUGGUGGCGAUGGGUUGCGCGGCAGCGCUCGGCCUCUGCGCCAUGAGUUUCGCUGUGGGGAUGAGGCACAGGUGGGGCCGUCUCUUCACGUCGGACCCGCAGAUACUGGCGCUGACGUCUGCAGCGUUGCCCAUCGUGGGGCUGUGUGAGCUCGGCAACUGCCCGCAGACCACCGGCUGCGGCGUGCUCCGCGGCUGCGCCAGGCCAUCCGUGGGCGCCAACAUCAACCUCGGCUCCUUCUACUGCGUCGGCAUGCCCGUGGCCAUCCUGCUCGGCUUCGUCGCGGGAGUCGGCUUCCGGGGACUCUGGCUGGGCCUGCUCGCCGCGCAGGCCACGUGCGCCCUGGCCAUGAUGUGCGUUCUCGUCAGGACCGACUGGCAGCUCCAGGCCGAGCGGGCCAGGGCGUUGAUGGGGAACGCUAAUGAAGAUGGUGGCGGAGGCGGCGGCGAUGGUGGAACCACUGAGGUGGUGGUGGACGACGGCGGCCGUCUGGGGAGUGCAGAUGAUGUUGAGAGUGAAGCUGAGCCGUUGAUGAGUCAUGUCUGAUGGUGGGUGACAGCAAUUUUCUUCUGUGGUGUACUUUUUUCCUUUUUUUUUUUCCCUCCCUUCUACUUUGCUCUUAAUAUCACCCACUUACUGUAAAUUGUUAUUGAUAGAGACUGGAAAUUGAUAUAAGAGUUGGAGACGUAUUUUCCAAGUACUGCA